GCAAAAUGAGCCAAAGAGGACCUCACUCAGCCUGUGAUCCAGAUAAGCCAGGCAGGGAAAAUCUCUCUUCACCAGUAGAAUCCAGAUGAUGAUGAAGGGACAAGUAAAUGUCUGGUUUACACAUGUACAGGUGUAUUAACUCCUUUGAUAUACACUGGCAUGAAUGGUAUCCACUGGUUGAGGUCACAUGACAGAGAGGGGAAAUGACUGGCUUCAACCUGUUCCUGGAUAUGAGGUGCGCUUGCCAGCCACAAACACCACUUCUCUCCACCAACCCCGAGCUCAUCCCCAUAUCCUUCUGGCUCUGCAAGAACUACAACCAACAAGGAAGAAAACCAGCUCACAGAGUCAGAAGAGGGGUCAGGAUGUUCAGCAGUUCGUGAUAGCAGUCCCUAAAAAUGAGGAUGAAGAUGUUUACUUGCAACCAAUGAUAGAUUCCAUCACAUCCUUUGCUGGAUCUUCAAUGAGGGAACUCAAGUUUUGGCGGGAACAUCACAAUGAAAGGAGUAGUAACGAAGAGGUCCAAAAACAAAUGAGGCAGAUCAAUUCAGGCAAAAAGAAAUGCAAGCACGUCAAUACUAUCAUUCAUGACCAACAAGACAAGAUCAAGGAUAUCUGCACCAACCCCAACGGCAUAAAUGUCCCUUGCAAGAAUAGACAAGACAACUGUUUCGAGGGCCCAGACUCAUACUCUGUCACUGCCUGUGAGGAGACAGGGAGCUCUCAGCUUGGUAAAUGUCACUACACAUGUACCAAGAAAGAACCAGUCAAAGUCACUGUGGCCUGUGAGAAUGGGAAGCCUGUCCAUCUUGAAGGAACCCGGGAGAUUAUCCAUGAUGAACUAUAA